ACAAGCCAACACCAUGCCACAAAGCCUCUAUCAGUUCCUAACACUUCCUCUUCUGAAAACUCUUUUCCCAUACAUUUCUCCUCCUCCAUCUUUGACAGGGACUAAUACAGUUCCAAAUGGAACAGGAAGAAUUUGGAGAGAAAGAGGCCAACUACCAAAAGUCGGACACACGCACCGGCGAUUAUAAUGAUGGAGAAGUCGGUGGUGACGGUGGUUCAGAGACAUGGUUGGACCUGACCCUUGGUGGGAGAAUCUCAUCAACAACUGGAAGCUCUUCUGGUUCCCAAUCAAAAUCUGCGACGCACAAGAUGUUCUCAUGCAACUUCUGCAUGAGGAAGUUCUUCAGUUCACAGGCUUUGGGUGGGCAUCAGAAUGCCCACAAGAGGGAGAGGGGUGCAGCUAGGAGGACUCAUCAAUCACAGAGAUUGAUGAUGGGUCUACCUUUUAAUUCUCCUUUUCUCCAAUCGCUACGAGUUCACCCUCACUCAAUUGUGCACAAGCCACACAGAGAAGGGGGUUUGAUGGUGGCGAGAUUUGAUGACACCCCUUCCAAUGUCAAAAUGACAUGGACACCCUUUGCACUUGAAGAAGCAACAAGUAUGAACUGGCCUGGAAGCUAUCAAUUGAAUUCUCAACUGCCUAAGCAGCCAUCAAAGCAGCAGAAACUAGACUUGAGUCUCAGACUUUAGUAUGUUUCAUCUAUCUAAUUACUAGCCAUUCGCUCUUGUAUCUGGGCCGAACUGUUCAACCUAGAUUUAUUCACAAGUCAUAAGAGAAAAAAAGACUGGUUUAGGCCCCGGUCCAGCAUAAAGAUUUGAUUCCCAGUUUGAGGAGUAUAUGUCAUAACUGAGAAAAAAAAAGUUGGAAGGUGUAAAUUAUUUUCAAAGAUUGUU